UAGUCUCUUGAGGUGAAGCUUCGUCCCUGCUUCCCCAACCAUCUGUGACGUACUUUUCGCAGUCACAAACACAACUUCUAGUAUCAUCGGGCCAUGUCGUACGAAUCUCAGAUAUACUCCAUCACAUCUCACUACCUGUAUCACACCCAUGACAACUCUCAUCUAUGCUUCCCUUCCGUUGCCAAAACAAAUUCAAGAAGCGACCGCGACAAAACAACACGACACUCACUACCACUGUACACACGUCCAUGGACACAGGCCUAUAGCUCCCUGCGCCUUGUUUGAUCAGCUACUGUACUCUGCUAUCCUACUCAUUCAAUCUCUACUUCUCUCCGCUUCAUUAUCAACCACGCCCCGAGCGCAAACAAAACAACCACCACACUCCUUUGUCUUCAACAGCUCAACAAAGAGCAGGCCAGCGAACCCUCUCUAUGCUGUAUACCCCAAGCACACACACAUCAACAGCAACAAUCCUCCAACAAGCCGCAACCCGAACACUCGCCCAGCCAACGUGUUGCUGCCUUCAACAAACGUGCGCCGCGCAACAACAAAAUAAACAGCUCAUGACGUUACUUGAGGAUGAACUCGCCCUUGCUGCUCAACUUGGCCAACGCAUCAUACUACAACAUGAUGAACAUGUCGUCAAGGCCGAUCAGGAAAGACGCGCCGUGUUGCUGGAAAUUGAACGACAGCGCGGCAUCCAAGAACGCGCAGAAGCGCUAGAACAAGGGAAUCGCUUGUUGGAGCGACAAAACCACAGUGUCAUGGAUGAGAACCUCUCCCUCAUGAAACGACUUGAGCAGUUGCAUGCACAACUCAAUCAUGCAGAUUCGAGGAACCAAGAUUUACUCGCAACGUUGGCAGAUGCCGAACAGGCAAAUGAUUCACUCUCUAGUAAAGCACUCGCUGCGCAAACGCUCAAGCAGCAAGUAUCCAGUAUUCAGCUUGAAAAGGAAGCACUUGAACAACAAGUGCAGUCCCUUGCGCACGAUCAAGAAGGUUCUGCUGCACGAUUCAGAAAGGCGCAACGCAAGAUUGAUGAGUUGGAGGAAACAUUACAGAGGCUAUCGCAACCUGCUACCUAUAUACCGCAUUCAAUACGUCCGAGGACACCAACACGGCAAAGAUCCCACUCGCCCGCAACCUCUACAGCCCCGCCGAAGCUCGUGGCCGACUUGUUUGAGGAGAAUGCAACCCUUGCUUCAAGUGCAGCCGAGCUACGCAGAUUACUUGCCGCUUCACAAGAGGAACUUGCAGCCUUACGGCAAGAACCCAUCACAACACUGACGCAUGUUGCGCGUCCGCACAGUCCGACCCUGCGUCAAACCAUCUCUCAGGAAUUGCAUCAUCAUCAUUACCAUCACUACUACCACGUUCCUGACAAGACUGGCAAGAAACGAUCAUCCUCUACACGUCUCAGGAGGCUCGUAUCAUCGGAAACAGAGUAUACCACGCCUGCACCUGUAUCGCGUGUUGUUGAGCAUGGUCUAGCGAGUCCCGUUUCAUUACAAAAACAAACUGCGCCGACACGUCGGGGGCCUCGUGAUUCGGGAUACUUCUCAGUCAGUCGAGAUCGGUCCUCCUCCUAUUCGCAUCCAUCCACACCAAUGGACCUACCCAGCACAACGGAUGACGAAUCAGAGCGCGAUCUUGCACGCACACCAACGCGAUUCAAGCAACGUGCAAGUUCUGUACAUACGAGUUGGCAUACUCAGACAUACCCGUCACGUUACAGCAAGAUCUCAUGGGGAAAUUACAGCAUUCAACGUCACAUGAAUCUUUACUACCCUCUCGCAUCACUUCAGACGUCGCCCACUUGAAAAGACCGAAACCGUCACCAUUACAAGCAGUCGAUUCACCGGUGACGAGUACAUUAUCAGCAGACUUGAUUACAGCGCGCGGCUUUGCCUAUCGACGCGGCC